AAGUUGUGUGUGUUUUUAAAGGUCAGAAUCACGAAAAUCCUUGUGGACAAAAUCAGCGUGGAGUGCACGUGCAGGUCGUCGGACCUGCAAGAUCUGUCGGAAACGUGGCGUCCGCAAAAGGACAAGUACUAUGACUACGAACAAGAACGAGCAGACCGUCACCGAGACGAGUCACAAAGAAAGGCGGCUCACCGACGCAAACACGCCUACACGACGCGUGUGAUUGUCCACCCAAACUUCCUCAAUGUCGACUACGCGGGAGCCGAGACUCUCAUGAAGAACAAGCAGCAAGGGGAUGUUGUGAUUCGUCCUUCCAGUCAGGGCUCUGAUCAUCUCACUGUCACGUGGAAGGUCACUGAUGGGGUGCAUCAGCACAUUGACGUGAAAGAGAAGGACAAGGAGAAUGCCUUCAGUUUGGGCAAGUCCUUGUGGAUCGGCACUGAAGAGUUUGAAGACUUGGAUGAAAUUGUGGCCCGUUACGUGGCGCCGAUGGCUGCACAUGCCCGAGACAUUCUUAGCUACAAGUACUAUCGGGACACUGAAGGUGGGAACCGAGAAUUGGCCGAGGACAUCUUGCGAGAAGAGAAGAGGAAAGCUCCGAACAAGAUUCCCUACAUUUUGUCUGUUGUGGCUCAAGCUCACGGAACGCCGGGGAGAUUCAUGUUGUCGUAUCAGCCGAGAUUGAAGGCACGUCACGAGUUUGUGUCGGUGACGCCGGAAGGUUUCCGAUACAGGAAGCAGAGUUUUGACUCAUUGAAUGCGAUGCUCAAGUGGUUCAAGGAGCACCACCGAGAGCCAGUGCCGAACACACCCGGAGUACCUUCGGUGGCGCAGUCGGUCCGCACGCCAGGCGUGAGCAGGGAUGCGAUUCGACAGGCUGCUCAGAACAUUCCGGCGCACAUCUACAGUGCCCUGACGAAGGUGGCCCAGGGUGGCCAGACGCCGCACACGCCUCACUAUCCGCAUACGCCGCAUACUCCGUACACACACUAUACUCAAACG